CAGUCCUGCUCUCAGACUGACGCGCGCAGCAGCAAAGGAUCCCAACCUGCCGCACGACUCAGCAUCGACCAGCGACUCCUCAGCACCGCACCGGAGUGGAUGGAUCCCCCAUUUAGCCUUAUUUAUCGGGUAGAAGGAGCAGCGGAGCAACUCCUGCUAAAUGAUCUGAAUUGUACAAAUAUAUUCCUUUCUGCCUCAGCGCUUUGAGAUUCCAGUUUGUUAAUCUGCGCUCCGCUGUACUUAUAAUCAACCAGCGAUUCAAUACUUCUCUACUCCUACUGACAAAACAGCAGAUCAAGACUGUGGCGCUGUGGAGAUGCACCCGGGCUCUGGCAGCAGAAAUGGUUUGGUUAAAUGCAGAGCUGGGUAAGUGAUGGCGACAGAACUGCAUCAGGUCAGAGACUGGUCCUCUGCGCGCUGGGAUGAAGGAAGAGCUCCUCACUGCUGAAUGAACACUUUCCUGUCUGAUGCACUAAAACACUCAUAUGUCAACGAUGGAUCUGAAAGUGGAGACAGAAGAACUGGACUCCAGCCAGCCUCCUCAAAUAGAAGUUUUUGCUCACAGUUCCACCCUGCACGGAAUCUCCCACAUCUUCACUUAUGAGCGCUUCUGUGUCAAACGUUUCCUGUGGCUCGUUUUCUUCCUAGCCUCGCUGACUUUCCUGAUCUACGUGUGCGUGGAUCGGAUCCACUUCUACCUCGAGUAUCCCCAUGUUACCAAGCUGGACGAGGUGUCCACCCCGGUCAUGACGUUCCCGGCGGUGACAUUCUGCAACCUGAACGCGUUCCGCUUUAGCAGGCUGAGCCGAAACGACUUGUUCUAUGUGGGAGAGCUCCUGGCUCUGCUCAACAACAGGUAUGAGAUUCGGGACAUACAUCUCGUGGAGGAGAGCGUUCUGGAAAGCCUGAAGCUGAAAACUGACUUCCAGAAUUUCAAGCCGCGACCUUUUAACAUGCUGGAAUUCUACGACCGUACCGGUCACGACAUUAACGACAUGCUGCUGUCCUGCCACUUCCACGGCACAGAGUGCAGACCAGAGCACUUCAAAGUGGUUUUUACGCGCUACGGGAAAUGUUACACCUUCAAUGCCGGUGGCGAUGGACGACCCCCACUCAUCACCACCAAAGGCGGAAUGGGCAACGGGCUGGAGAUCAUGCUGGACAUUCAGCAGGAUGAAUACCUGCCAGUCUGGGGAGAAACAGAUGAGACUUCAUUUGAAGCUGGGAUCAAAGUUCAGAUCCACAGUCAGGAGGAGCCACCCUUCAUCGACCAGCUCGGAUUUGGUGUUUCACCAGGUUUUCAGACGUUUGUCUCCUGCCAGGAGCAGCGGCUCAUAUAUCUGCCCCCACCCUGGGGAGACUGUAAGGUGACACCCAUGGAUUCAGAAUUCUUUGAAACUUACAGCAUCACAGCUUGCCGCAUAGACUGUGAGACUCGCUAUCUAUUCGACAACUGUAACUGCCGCAUGGUGCACAUGCCCGGCAAUGCUGAUUACUGCACCCCCCAGGUGUACAAAGAAUGUGCUGACCCAGCUCUUGAUUUCUUGGUAGAACAAGACAAUGACUUCUGUGUAUGUGAGACGCCGUGCAACAUGACCAGGUACAGCAAAGAGCUGUCCUUCGUCAAGAUCCCCAGCAAAGCAUCAGCCAAGUAUCUGGCAAAGAAAUACAACAAAACAGAGCAGUACAUUAAGGAUAACAUUUUGGUUUUGGACAUCUUCUUUGAGGCUCUAAACUAUGAGACUAUUGAACAGAAGAAAGCAUAUGAAGUGGCCGGCCUUUUAGGUGACAUCGGUGGUCAGAUGGGGCUCUUUAUUGGGGCUAGCAUUCUGAGUAUUCUGGAGAUUUUUGACUACUUGUAUGAGGUGAUAAAAUACAAGCUGUGUCGCUGUUCUGAUAAGAAGCACAAACACAACAGCGCUGACCAGAGAACAGUCCUGAGCUUAGAUGACGUCAAGUGUCACGUCAGUAACUUUCACUAAGCCUCUGCUUUCUGGAGGAGGGAACGUCUGCAAGACUUUGCUGCUGCAAGAGUAGAGGAUGUGUGGAUGAAAGAACUCUGCCUGGUUAGGCUUUACUUUCUCAGUGAGUGGCCAUAUGCAUAAAGGAAGUUGAAGUUCCACAGACAUUGAACAAGCUUCAGAUACCAGAGAUCAACCUGAUCUGAAGAUAGAUCAACUGCAUGGUCAUCUGUAAACAACUUCUAAAGAAGUAGCAAGGAAUGCAGCGAAAUGUGCAUCAUCUAAAUGCAGAUUUUAAAUGUGUACUGUGCUGUGGUGUUUUUAUCUGUCAGAGUGAUUAGGCUUCAUGUAAACUGAUUGUUGAAUUGCAAGAAUUUUUCUGAGUCCCACACUGGCCCUGUUGCCUUUAUUCUCCUAUUUUUCACCAGAGAAAAAAAAAUAUAUUCUUUGUCCUUAAAAGCAUCUUUCCUGUAUAUACCCUGCCAAAACACUUUACUACCUCAGCUUAUGUGCAACAUUGCCACUGAGUUUUUAGACAUAGCUAAACUGACCAUUAUUAGGAUAAUCUUUUCCUGAAAAAGUAAAACAUAAGUGGCUACAAAUCUGCAAGAAGGCCAAUCCAACAAUAGGCAUACUGUUAAGGUUCUUCAGUUUCAUAGUUUAUUGCAGUUUGAUUUAAACCUUCUGGUGAUGGAUUUGUAUUUUUUGUGCCUUUUAAAGUUACUGUAGGCGCUUUCUUUUUUUUUCUUUACAUUUCAUGAUUUUCAUACAAAAUGAACAAUAUUAUCGUGAAGUUAUUGCUUUGACUGCGGCGCCUUUUCUUAAACUAUCAUUCUUCUUUACCCGCAUGCGCCUCUUUGCCCCCUAUUUGCUGUUUGCCUCGCAUGAGAUUUCCACGCAUGCCAGGUGCUUUUGUCGUUGAUUUUGAUGUGUUUCUGUAACAGCGCCACCAAAAGGCCCAGCAUACAUCGUACAGCACCUUCAGUGGUGCUAAUUGAAGGACUUUUUUUCCUUUAUUGUUAAUGAAAAGAUACCAUGUCUUUUUUUUUGUGGACCUCGCCUCAUUGUUAAACAAAUUUGUGAAGUUGAAGAUCAAGAUAUAUAUCAACAAGUUACUAUUUUCCUGUAGAAUUUCCAAAUAACAAAGAUUAUUAGGGAUGCCAAUAGUUGUAGUUCCAAUGACUUUGUUCAAGGAGCUUGCUGAAAAUGUUUGUGUUUUAUCCCUCAUAUAAAAUUUAUUUAAAUUAGAGGUCAGAUUGUUCUCAUAUUUUGAGUUUGAAAUGUAUUCUAUUGCACUCAAAGAUUUAUUUAUCUUAAGGCUUUUUACUUUUUCACCAGAGGUGCCAACAGUUGUGAGGGGGGGCAUGCAGAGAAAGAUGUCCGCAAUGCAUUCAUCUAACAGUUCAGA